AAAGAAAGACGUUGACCAGCUCCCUCCCACUCUCACUGUCAACUGGAAAAAUUUCACUCUUUACGACAAAAUCCAAUGUCGAAUCCGCUAAUGGACGAUCCUCUUCUAUACCUAAACCAUUCCCACCACCCCUCCUCUUCCUCCUCCCCCAUGGCGGCUUCCGAUCCAGACAGUUACCUCCUUGACACCCCACAAAUCGGCAGCGCCUCCGGCAGUUUCCAGAACGAGGGAUUUCUUGCGGGAGGAGGUUUCGACGCUGGAUUGAUUAAUGAGGCUGAUUAUGGAUUCUUCCGCCCUGAUUUCCGACUGUUCUCGCUUGUGGGAACCGUUGAGCUCUACAACCGCCAUGUUUUUCUUUGUUACAAGAACCCACAGGUCUGGCCUCCGCGAAUUGAGGCCGCGGAAUUCGAUCGGCUACCCAGGCUUCUUGCUGCCACUUUGACUGCUCGGAAGGCUGAUAUGAAGCGACAGACCCGCCUAACAAUAUGUGAGGGACAUGAUGGAACUGAGACAUCAAAUGGCGACGUGUUAAUCUUUCCAGACAUGAUCAGAUACAGGAGAUUAACACAUUUUGAUGUCGACACAUUUGUUGAGGAAAUGUUCGUUAAGGAUGGCGAGUGGUUGCCUGGAAGCCCAGAAGCUCUAAGAGGUUGGUACAUCUUUGUUUGUUGCCAUGGUACAAGGGAUAGACGGUGUGGAAUUUGUGGACCCUCAGUGAUUAGCAGAUUCAAAGAUGAGAUAGAGUCUCAUGGUCUGCAGGGUAAAGUGUCCAUCAGUCCAUGCUCACACGUUGGAGGGCAUAAGUAUGCAGGGAAUGUGAUCAUAUUUGGACCAAAUGGUAAAAAAGAAGUCACGGGUCACUGGUAUGGAUAUGUUAUGCCUGAUGAUGUACCUGUUUUGCUGGAACAACAUAUUGAGAAAGGAGAAAUUGUAGAUUGCCUAUGGAGGGGGCAGAUGGGAUUAUCAGAAGAAGAGCAGAAAAAAUCACAGGAACUUAGGCUACAGGUACAUAGUGGGACCAAUGUGGAAACAAGCAUAAAGGACUCGACACGAACAAAUGAGGCGAGUGCAAAUUUGUUUGGAUCUCAUUUGGAUGGCACAAGAUGUUGUUCAGCAAAUGAAAGCUCCCCUUGCUGUCAAAACCGUACUUUUCAAGAAAAGGAGAGUUCUGAUUUAUCCAAGGGGGCAGCAAAAUUUACAGUUGAAACGAAGAACUCCAAGAAGCAAGUUUCUGGAAGCAGUAGUGGCAAACGAGCUGGUGCUCGGAAGGUGUGCUCGAUGCCUACAUGGUAUGAAUGCUGGGAGCGUGACGACACCUAUGCCGCACUUGCUGUUAUAGGUGCUGCUAUGUCAGUUGCCUUUGCCUAUAACUGCUACAAGCGGUUGGGCUAAAUUCUUAAGAGUUGUGUAGUUGUCUUUGUUGCACAUAUAUCUUAGAAAAAAACGUAGUUUGGAGUCACGUGCCAUUGGAGGGUGAAGAAAUGGAGUAGAUAUGCAGGAAUGUGGUUAUGGUGUUGGCUGAUUUACAUUUGGUUCCCGUUGUUGUUAUGGUUGAAUUUGAAUCACCUAAAAGACUUGUUUUCUUGUAGGGUUUGAGGUUUGUUCAUUAUGUUGUAAUAUUAUUGUACAGGAAUCGUAGUUUUUUACUUGAGUUGCUUUUCAAAAAA